AUGGCAGAUCGUCCAGACCGUCGAACGCUUGUCAGACAACCACCCCUCGAUCCUUCGAAGUCAGCAAUUGAGAAUGUUUUAGAACUGACAGAAUUGAGUGCGAUUGCUCCUGAUAUCUUCACAAAUACACGCCCACUAUGGCACCCUCCAGGAGCAAGAGGCAUCUACGGCGGCGCAGUCAUUGCACAGUGUCUCGCAGCAGCUCAACGAACGGUUCCUGAGAACUUCACGGUUCAUAGCAUGCACUGCUACUUCGUUCUUGCAGGCGAUAGCGAAAUACCAGUCGUAUACUAUGUCGAGCAUGUCCGAGAAGGGAAAUCAUAUGCGACAAGAACAGUGCAAGCUAGGCAGAGGGGGAAAUGCAUAUUCACGACCACAUUAUCGUUCGUACGAGAGAAUAGCGGAGGCAAGAAAUUGGUUCAACAUGCUGUGUCUCUGCCAGACGAGAUAAGGAGCCAGUACGAGAGCCUACCCAAAGUGGUUGAGCAAACGGGAGAAGGAAACAGUCCAUUCAUCAGCCAUAGGAUCGAGAUCACGAAUCGAGCCAGCCAGUCUCCCCAUGAGAAGAGGACAAGACAGUGGAUUAGAGCGAGAGGAAGGAUAAGUGAGAAAGGGGGCCAUCAAGCACACUUGAGCGCACUGGCAUACAUGUCCGAUUCUUACUUCAUCGGCACGAUAUCGAGAAUCCAUGACUUAUGGAGAUUCGGUGCUCCAGCAAAUCAGAAGACGGACGCCGACGAGAUGAGUGCACGGGAAAGAUAUGUGAAGAAAGUGCAAGAGUCCGAAGGGCUUGAGCAAGAUCCUAAUAACAGCCGAGGUAGACCAGAGGUGGGCAUGAUGGUUAGUUUAGAUCACACGAUAUACUUUCACGAGCCAAGACGCUUUCGGGCAGACGAGUGGAUGUUCACUGAAAUGGCAAGUCCUUGGUCUGGAGAUGGAAGAGGAUUGGUUCAGCAGCAUAUAUUUGCUGCCGAUGGGACUUUGAUUGCAACCUGUUUUCAAGAGGGGGUUGUGAGAUUAAAAGAAGAACGGAAACCUUCUGCUUCGAAGCUAUGA